AUGCAAGCUCCAUUUCUUCUGCUGCCGUUGUCAGUUUUUUGCUGCUGCUGGCUUGGAGCUCUUCACCUGCUGUCAUUUGAAAAACACCAUCAUCAGGGAAAGAGCAUGCAAGGUGAAGGUUAUAAGGAUCUCAAUAUGACAUCAGCUGCAGGUUGUACCCUCUUCUUAGGCUCCCGUGGCUUUGACUCGGCCUUCUUGAUGCCACCCUUGGCGGCUGCUGGCUUGGUCGCCGUGGCACUGAGCUUUGCAGGCCCCUUGGCGGCACUAACAUUGGUAGGCUCCUUGGCCUGCCCUUCAAGUCCGGUUGGCUUCACGGCCUUCAGGGAUGCCAUUCUUAUAUGCUGCUCUGUUCCGGCACUGGAAGGCUUAGAACUGUCGUGUGCUUGA